CUUCCGACGAAAACCUGAUCCCUCGGCGGUAUUAAUGAAGAUAUUCUACCUCCUGUCGUUUCGUUGAUGAAUUAUAGAAGAGUCAUUUGAGACAAAUCCAAGAAGUAUUUGGCUAGUUGCCAGCCACAUCUCUCUGGGUAAUUAUACAACGUAUCAAAAAGUCUACAUAAUUACGCAGGAGAUUUGACCCAGCUUUUGGGCUUGCCUCACGUCCCAAGCACUUAUGUCCAGGAUGCUUUCUCUUAUCCAUCUUGUGUUGUUUUAUAUCCUGGCGACUCUGUCGGGGGUCCAUUCCCUACGGCAAGUGGUCCACGAUGAGAGUUUCCAGCCAGAUUUCAUACUGCGAGUUAGCUCGAAGGAGGCCCCAAUCGCUUGCAGAACCAGACUCACAGCAGUCGUAAACGGUACAACGCCAGGGCCGGCGAUAUACAUGCAAGAGAACCGCACAACAUGGGUCAGAGUGUAUAAUGAUUUCGAAUCAUCAAAUCUGACGAUGCAUUGGCACGGUCUGGCUCAGUCAGUUUCUCCCUUUUCAGAUGGGACUCCGCAGGCGAGUCAGUGGCCAAUCAAGGCCGGGCACUUCUUCGACUAUGAAAUUAGGCCUCAGAUAGGAGAAGCUGGAACGUAUUUCUAUCAUUCCCACGUCGACUUCCAAGCAGUGUCAGUGGCUGGGCCGCUCAUUGUCGAGGAGCAAUCCCAAGAACCACCCUACGCCUACGACGGGGAAAAGACGCUAUUCCUUACAGAGUUCUUUAACAAAACCGAUAAGAUGAUCUUGGACGGUUUGACUAAGCCAGCGGCACAAUACAUCUCAUCAGGCGAUGCCGAAACAAUAUUAGUUAACGGGAACAGCUACCUCAGCUUGGAUGCCAAUCAGAGUCAGACAAAGAAGCCCUGGAGCACGCCAGAUCUCUCAAUCCAAUCAAUCUGCGGUCCUGAGGUCAUAGAGGUCGAGCCUGACAAGAUAUACCGCAUCCGGUCAGUCGGUGCAAUGGCUCAGAGCCUAGUAUCCUUUGCAUUUGAGGAUCAUCAAAAUCUCUCAGUUAUUGCUGCAGAUGCGCGUUAUACAAAGCCAGUCGAUACAGACCAUAUACAAGUCGGAAGCGGACAGCGAUUUGACUUCCUCCUGCGUACAAAGUCUGAAAGUGAGCUUCAACGUCUUGGGAAGUCUAUGUUCUGGGUACAAUUUGAGACACGCUUCCGCCCCAUAAACACCACUUCUUACGCCGUGCUCUCUUAUAAGACCAAUCUCACAUUGAACCACACAAUACCAUCCUCUCCUCCGGCACAAACUCCUCUGACUCUCAGUAAUGACGUCCAGAGCUGGCUCGAAUAUACGCUUGAGCCUCUACAGCCCAAUGACUUCCCGACGGCAGAUCAAGUCACUAGGCAGGUUAUCCUAGUCUCGGAGUCUUUAGUGGCACGAAGUGGCCAGUUUCAGACUAUAAACAACCACACCUGGACCGAGCACGAUGAGCAUCUGGGUGGAACGCCAGUGAAUGACACGAGUCCAUCCGUUGGCGUCCCUUAUCUGGUUAAUAUUUACAGAAAAGGGCAAAAGGCCAUUCCAGACUACGAGACCGCGGUCCAACGUUUCGGCGGCUGGGAUCCUCGUCUAAAUGUAUACCCAGCAGAGGUUGGCGAGAUCAUCGAUAUCAUCCUGGUCCUCAAACCGAACCCCUCUACUGGCGAUAUCGACCCUCAUCCAUGGCAUAUCCACGGUGGUCACGCGUACGAUCUGGGUAGUGGUCCGGGUACUUACAAUGCCACGGCGAAUGAAGAGCGGGUGAAGGGAUAUAACCCUGUCCUGCGUGACACAACUUGGCUUUAUAAAUAUACGACUGCCGAUAAUAUCUACGGGCCUCAGAAAUAUGUUAGUCAAGGUUGGAGAGCAUGGCGUCUCAGAGUCAACGAUCCUGGAGUAUGGAUGAUCCACUGCCAUAUACUGGAGCAUAUGAUCAAUGGUAUGCAGUCCGUCUGGGUCAUGGGCAACGCGACGGAAAUCACGCGCGGGACGACUCCCGAUCUCGUGAGUGGGUAUCUCACCUACGGAGGAAAUGCCUACGGGAACGAAACGUACGAUCCUCUGGUAAAUCAUUAUUUUGACUAGGUAGAAGAGGAUUCUUGUACGGGUAAAUAUAACAGAUUGUAGCUCGGGCUAAUCGCGUGUUUCUGGUUUUGAUUGAUGAGGUUCUAUAAUAAUGUGGAUAUGGGUGGUAAUGUCAAGGUGAGAGAACUCUUGGUUGGCCUGCGCGAGGGGUAUUUUCGACAUUUACAACAUUCUUUACAGGGCCUCUGCUCCAUUGUAUUCCUAGAUUAGUUUCGAAGUAUUUAGACCUUUUCUAUUCUUGUACUAAGUGAUAUUCUUGGCACUGUCAGAAGACAGACACCUACAUAAGAAAAGAUUUACUUUCCUAGUACAGGGUAUAUCUCA